CUGCCCCCAGGCGGGGAGUCGAGCAAGUUCGGCGCGGUGAGUGGCGCUUGUGCUGGGCACCGUUUGCGCCGUCGGCUCGGUGAAGCGGCCGAAAAGCUGCCGAGGAGACCGGAGUCCGUGUCCUGCGCCGAGCCCAGCCGAGCGACGUUCGGCGGCCGCCUGUGCCCCCCGUGCGUGCUGUGUGUGAGUGGAGUGGCGAGCCGGCGGGGCGGCCGCGAGCGGGCAGAGCAGCAGCCAUCGGUCGGAUCGAAGCUCCCGGCGCGCCGAGAGCCAUGUCGGGGCCGGGCCCGGAGCCUGCCGGCUGCUGAGCCUCGGAGCCCGGGGCCCGGCCGGCCAUGUCGUCGCGGGACAUGUACGGCGGCGCGCAACGGUCGCCUCGGGCGGGCCCCCGAGACGCGAUGCUGGGCGCGCCUCCCCGGACCUCGUACGCGUCCAUCUCGCAGCCUCCGUCGGCGCGGGGCAGCCCCAUCGCCCGCACCCUGUCGUCUCCGUCGCAGGGGCGCCGCAUGCGACCGGGCGCCCAGUACGGCGUGAGCCGGUCGAGCAACAGCAGCCCGCUGACCAUGGGCCACGAGGCCGGCUACUACGGCGACGAGCUGGACCAGCGGGUCUCGCACCGGAGCCGGUCGGCGACGAGGGUGCCGCCGCAGCUGCGCUCCUACCAGGGCGCCGAGCAGGACUUCGUGCCCAUCCGCGACCGGUCGCUCGAGCGCGGCGACCUGGCGAGGCCUCGCUACCGCGACGACAUGUACCGCGAGACGGCCAUCGACGGAGACCCCUACGCCCGCGGCUACGGCCGGGACGGCGGAAGCUUCGUGGCCGAGCUGCAGACGCGCCUCAACGAGCUGCAGAGCCAGUACGGCAGCGUGAAGCGGGAGCUGGACGCCACCACCCAGAAGCUCGGCUCAAGCAUGCACAGUAUCAAGACCUUCUGGAGCCCCGAACUGAAGAAGGAGCGCGCGCUGCGGAAGGAGGAGGCCGCCAAGUACGCCCUCAUCAACGACCAGCUCAAGAUCCUCCGCUCCGAGAACCAGGUGAGUACGCUCGCGGAACCGGACUCGCCGACCCCGCCACGCGUCCGGAGAUUGGGCUCGUUGGGCAAGACUGUUUCUCGCCGCGAAGCCUCCUAA